GGGUUAAGAUGGCGGCGCCUUUGAGGAUUCAGAGCGACUGGGCUCAAGCCCUCAGGAAGGAUGAAGGGGAAGCCUGGCUGAGUUGUCACCCCCCAGGGAAACCAACUUUGUAUGGCAGCCUAACUUGUCAAGGAAUUGGCCAGGAUGGCAUCCCAGAAGUUACAGCUUCAGAAGGAUUUAUUGUGAAUGAGAUAAACAAGAAAAGCAUUCAUAUUUCUUGUCCAAAGGAAAAUGCAUCCUCAAAGUUUUUGGCCCCAUACACUACUUUUUCCAGAAUUCAUUCAAAGAGUAUAACAUGCCUGGACAUUUCCAGUGGAGGCGGCCUUGGUGUGUCUUCUAGUACUGAUGGAAGCAUGAAGAUCUGGCAGGCUUCCAAUGGCGAGCUCAGAAGAGUAUUGGAAGGACAUGUGUUUGAUGUGAAUUGUUGCAGGUUUUUCCCAUCAGGCCUUGUGGUUCUGAGUGGGGGAAUGGAUGCCCAGCUGAAGAUCUGGUCAGCUGAAGAUGCUAGCUGUGUGGUGACAUUCAAAGGUCACAAAGGAGGUAUUCUGGAUACAGCCAUUGUUGAUCGGGGGAGGAAUGUGGUGUCUGGUUCUCGAGACGGGACAGCACGACUUUGGGAUUGUGGGCGCUCAGCCUGCCUGGGAGUCAUUGCAGACUGUGGUUCUUCCAUUAAUGGAGUGGCUGUGGGUGCUGCUGACAACUCCAUAAACCUCGGCUCCCCUGAGCAGACGCCAAGCGAACGGGAGGUUGGAACAGAGUCGAAAAUGCUGCUAUUGGCACGGGAAGAUAAGAAACUUCAGUGCUUGGGACUGCAGAGCAGGCAGCCGGUGUUCCUCUUUGUUGGCUCAGAUGCCUUCAACUGCUGCACUUUUCUCUCUGGCUUCUUGCUGUUGGCUGGGACACAGGAUGGAAACAUUUAUCAGCUGGACGUGAGGAGUCCAAGGGCUCCAGUACAAGUCAUCCACAGAUCAGGAGCACCAGUUCUGUCCCUCCUGAGUUUCAGAGAUGGAUUUAUUGCUAGCCACGGUGAUGGAAGCUGUUUCAUUGUCCAGCAAGACCUAGACUAUCUCAUUGAGCUCACUGGGGCCGACUGUGACCCUGUGUUCAAGGUUGCCACAUGGGAGAAGCAGAUCUACACAUGCUGUCGAGAUGGUCUUGUGCGACGCUAUCAGCUCUCUGAUCUCUGACUCCUUGGAAAAGGAUUCCCAGUUAAUGAAAAAAUUGGCCCUAAUCGACAAAGAGCAAAAUAAUCAUCAGUCCUUCUCAAGGACCAUGGCCCCUUAUUGUUUGGGGCACCCUUUGGAAGUCACAGAAAAUCAGCUGCAUUGGCCCAUGUGGAAGUAUCAUUCCAUGACAAGACCUACUGUAAACUGAAGAAGAAGCUCACACAUGCUCCAUAUAUACCCUCACCCCAACAGCAGGGCAAGGAUAUGGAUGCUUACAGUUUGAUCUCACACCAUUGUGUUAAGUGUUUACAAGGAUCAGAGGACUAAAGCUUGUUCUCUGAAGGAAAUAAAGAGAAUGUAUUUGGA